AUGAAAAACCUCACGUUGGUAGCAGCAAAUCGACGCGAUUACGUAUAUGUUGGCUUGCUGCAACUGCGAAAAGAAUUUCAUCGGUCGCUGCGACGGAGCAGUGAAAAACGGGUGCUUAGCUGGCUGCUAGGCACAAUGCAGAGCUCAUUUCCGUUUCCCGCGGCUACCCCGAAUCCGGCGGUGAACGAAAAAUACCGGCGCAAGUAUCGACGGCUGAAAAGGAUCAUGAAAAAUUUGAUUUUUGAAAAUGCAGCUUUAUGUGACCAUGUUGCUCAAAUUCAGGAAAAUAUACUGUUAGUAAAAGAGGAACGGAGGUACCUCCUGAAGAAGCUGCUGGAGCAUGAAAAUGAAAUGGAAACACAAUUGGGUAGGCCUUGUAGCAAAUUGAACGAAUUAAUUGCGAAUAGUUUGCCUCCUAAAAGACAGUACAAAAAGCGUGCGACUGCCGACGCUAACGCUGGAGCUGAAACAACCCCCAAGGGUAAAGGACAAACCCGGAAAGCGCGUGCCACCGCAAAUGCAACUGCCGAAAAGAAUACCACAAAGAAAAGUGUACAGAAUAUUUCGCUACGGCAAACAGGUCAUCCGACAUAUCCCCUAACGAUCGCAGGUUUCACAAUUUUCAAUCUAGGUGAAAUUGUCCCAGAACGUGUAGCGUACAACACGGAGUAUACCAUAUACCCGGUUGGAUACACCGUUUCCCGUCCGUAUGGCCAUUUAAAGGAUCCUACCAAGAAAUGCAUUUAUACCUGCCGAGUUGUUGACAGUGGAGAUUGUCCCCGGUUCGAAAUCAUUCCGGAGAACGAUACGGACUUAACGAUAGCAGGCAAUUCCACCGAUGCGUGCCACUCGACUCUGCUGCAGUGUAUAAACGCUUCACUGGACUGCCGCAGCAUCGACGGUCGACCGUCGGGCGAUUGGUUUUUCGGUUUAUCGCAUCCGACCAUCUCCAGCCUGAUACAGAGCUUUCCUGCGUCGAAAAAGUGCGUCAACUACCGUGGCAUCCGGAAGGAGAACUUUGCCAAUAUGGACAAGGAAAACGAUCCGUCGCUCAACUAUGAAGCACUGCAAAGACAUAUCACCAUUUCGGCGUACCACACGGUGCCGGAGAUCAAGGAGGAACCACCGGACGAGCUGCUGGAUCAUUCCGAUGGGAAUUCGUUCUCUUUGUCCUAGAACCUAGAAGCGGGUGGGUGUGUGUUUUAGGAAAUACGAGGACGGUGAUAGUUGAAUGUGCUAAGUCAUGUGCGUUUAAGAAUUCGAAUAAAAGGCAGAAUUUUUUUA